AACAAAGCCAACGCAAGACUUGCCAAGAGAAAUGGCUUACCUGAAGGCGCUGGUAGGCUCGACGCGGUCGAGGGUGCAGCCUUACGGCGUCGGAGCCUGCAGAACCAGCAGGCAGGCGCAAUGUCCCCCACACGGCUUUCAGCAGAUAAUACGCUCGAUGAGCCGCAGAAACGUCUGCUUUCACAAAUGCAGACUGCAAAUGAAGAGGUGGUCCGAGAGGGACCUGUCAGAUUGUCAAAGCGCAAGCUCUUGUUCAAGCAUGGGCGCGUCGGAAUCGUCAUGAAAGACCCUUCCACAAAUGCCGCCACCGCAAGCAUGGCCAAGCGCUUGUUCGGAGGUCUGCUCGACGGUCUAUUGAGUGGCGGUUCUUCGAGCGGUGCUGGUCAGCCUAGUCAAACGGCACUUCCACCCUUGCAGCCUUCCAGCGCGGUGAUGCCAAUGGCCGACAAUAGCACCGUGAUUGGGCAGCCGCAAAACAAGCAAGCCCCCGCAUCCUACGCGAGUGGAGGUUAUCCGAAAGCGGAUCUGGCUGCAGCGAUCAGCGGUGGAUUGCAGUCCGCUUCACCGCCUGUUUCCCAAGGCAGCUUGGGGCUCAAUAUCGAAGCGAAUGACGUUGGCUACGUUGCAACCAUCCGCAUCGGCAGUGCGCAAACACCCUUUCGCAUGCUGAUCGACUCGGGAUCGGCCGAUACUUGGGUCGCAAGCACGGCCUGUCAGCAAUGUGGAAACGAUCAUCAGAAGCUUGGCACGGAAGUCUCUACGUCGUUUCAACACCUCGCUGGCUCCAGCUUCUCCAUCACGUAUGGAACUGGCGCUGUCCGGGGCGCACUCGGUUCGGACAACAUCAAUGUUGCUGGCAUGACGCUGCAAAAUCACACCUUGGGUCUUGCAACGCAAGAAACGACCGACUUCAGUGACCCAUCCGUCCCUUUUGAUGGGCUUAUGGGCCUGGCGAAGACUGAGCUGAGCAAUUCCAACACGCCCACCCCGAUCGAUGCCCUGUACCAGGCAGGCCUUGUCACAGCGCCCGUCAUGGGUUACCACCUUGGGCGCGUAGCUGACGGCACCAACAGCGGAGAGGUGACAUUCGGUGCAGUGGACGCGCAAAAGUAUCAAGGAACGUUGCUGGAGAUCCCCAACGUCUCAACCAAAGGUUUCUGGGAGGCUGCCGUAACGGGUGUCUCUUAUGCUGGACGAGACCUUGGGUUGACAGGCAGAACAGCCAUCUUGGACACGGGCACCAGCUUGAUUGUCGCACCUCAAGCUGACGCGGACGCCGUUCAUGCUGCCAUUCCCGGCUCGCAUGCAGAUGGGCAAGGCGGCUACACGAUUCCUUGCACAACGACGGGCGUGUUUGCUUUCAAGUUCCAAGGUCAGACAUUCGGCAUCGAUCCACGCGACAUGACCUUCUUGCCUGUCGACCAGAACAACCGGAAGGGUGAUUGCGUCAGUGCAAUCUCUGCCGGUAUCGUUGGCGACCCGAAUGAAUGGCUUGUUGGUGCCGCCUUCCUCAAGAACGUCUACUUUGCGACCAAUGCUCGAGAUAACAUGAUUGGUAUCGCAAGGCUGGCGCCUUAGGCUAUGCCGGAAAGCGUUGAGGCCUUCAGCCGGAGAAGUCGCGGGCGGAUCAAUGGAGGGCGGAGCUCAGAUAUUGCAAACACCUCUGUACUUCUCAUCUAACAUCAAUAGCGGAUUGCCGAGGGGCUUCCAGUGAGCGAGGUGGAGCGAAGUUCAUGCUUGAAGCAUGCACGACGUCGUUCAGCAAGAAGAGUGAAUAGUGAAUGAUCUUCUGCUGCCGAGCUGAUUGCGACUACGGAGCAGUCCCGUCCAUGCUUGUCGGCUGAGAUUGGUACAUAGAGCUGCCGGCCUGCCGCCAUCAAAGCACUUGCAUUCCAAUUCAGCACGCGUCAGUCCGUCAAGGAUCUUUGUUGCUCAGUGGCUUGCAUGAGCGCAUCCGUUCAGAGGUAACAAACAAUUUGC